GUGCCUCUGGCCACUCUUGAAAUCCUCCUCCCUCCCCUAUUCCUGGCUCCUCACCCUUUCUGCCACCCUGCAGAAGAUGGGGACUUUCACUGUGUGUGUGUAAAAACCAUGUCCAAAGUCAAUGCUGAAUACAUCUUCAAACUGGAGGUGAUCAAGGCAGGACCCCACUGUGCCACCGCCCAGAUGAUAGCUACACUGAAGAGUGGAAGGAAAAUUUGCCUUGAGCGGCAGGUCUCCCUCUUUAAGAGAUUAAUGAAGAAACUCCUGGACAGUUAGUUUCUACCUGGCUAAAUGUGUAUUUUGCUAUAAAACAUGUUUGGGUGUUUCCCCCCACCCCACCCCACCCCACCCCCACACACAUUGGCUCUAACUAAAAAAGAAUCUUCUAUUGCUUAUAUUAUCCUUCAAAUCUUAAAUAAAUAAAUAAUAUGAAUCAA